AUGAAUGGUUUUCUAACAGUCAUUCAAAUUUCCCGUUCACCAUUUGUUCAAAUCCAGUACAGAGAAGCAUCUACGUCAUUGAAUGCAUUCGACUCAAUACAUAAGAAGAAACACAGAACGAUGAUUUAUUCAUGCAAGGAUCUCUUUGAGCGAAUCAAGUAUCCGACAGUAUACAUCGAUCUCGUGUUACAAAUGAACCUUCCAAACUAA